AUGAAGAAUAUGCAAGAAUAUUAUAUUGCGAAUCUAGAUUCACUCCGAAUAAAUGUUCAGGACUUAAAACGGGGACUUUAUGUAGCAGCAUUAUAUAAUGGAAUUUGGCAUCGAGGAAUGAUAGUCAAGAAUGACGAAAGGUUUGCAAGAAUUUUUAAUGUGGAUUUUGGUACAGUCGUUGACAUUAGACAUUUUGAUUUGUGCUAUUUAAAACAAGACUUUUUGAAAUUGCCAUCAAUUGCCCGUCGCGGUGUGCUAGCCUUUGUUCAACCAUUGCAGAAUGACAUGUGGAGUAAUGAAGCUAGAAUUUUAUUUGAAAAGUGCUUCAGAAAUAAGAAAAUUGAGAUUAAAAUAUUAAAGUACAAUUCUCGUGACAAUUCAUAUUUGCUAGAAAUGAAGUAUGAGAAUGAUCAUAAAAUCGUGGAACUGCUGACAGACUCGUUGAUUAAAAAUAACAUUGCUGAACCAGACUCAAUGUUUUUGGAUAACGAAAGUGUCAGUAAAGACAGCUAUGGAUUUCAAGAAUAUGAAGAGGGAAUAUUGUUGGAUAUAAAGUCACCAAUUCCGAUUGUUAUUGAAGCUUAUGAAAGUUCCAAAACACCUUUUAAAGUUACUAAGAAGACUAGCGCAUCAUCAAUCCUAUCGACACUUAGCACAAACAGUUCCAUUGAAUUCAACAAUUCAGCAAAUAAAGGCAUAAAUCAAGCUGAAACUCCUGAAGAUGCCAGAGAAGAAAUGAAAGUUGUUGAAGAUUCUUAUCAGACCUUUAGUUCUUCAAUAAAGCUGAAGCAAAUUAUUAAUGAAUGUCCAAGUGUUAUCAAUAAUCAAAGCUUUGAGAUAUUGACUAGUGGAAAUCAAGUUGAGAUCUACAUCCAUGUUUUCUUUGAUGUCAGUUGCUUCUUUUUUUACGUCAAAAAUGAGAUGUCUGAUAUCAAGAAGUUUUUAGAUGAUUUGAAUGCAAGAUGCAAAGAAAGCAAGAAGUGCUUAAAUGUUGAGGAUUUGAUGCUUAACAAAGAAGUUGUCAUUUUCAAUGAUAAUAAUUAUUGUCGCGGUCGCAUUAAUUCAAAAAUAGAAGACUUAUAUCAAGUUUAUUUAAUCGAUUUUGGAGUGUUUGUCACGAGAAAAUGUAAUGAAAUUUUUCAAAUUCAUAAGGAAUUCAUCAAACGAAAAUGCUGCAUAUAUAAGGGAUGCACCUCGGAUACUUUGACAAACGAAAAGCAAGUUGGAAGCUUUAGAGUUGCUAAAAUUUUAGGAAUAUUAAAUGAGAACACAGUUCAAUUAAAACUUAAUCAUUAA